AUCUUCCUCCUCUCUCACUAGACAUCAGCCAGCAACGGAGGAGAGCGCACGCACGCACUCCACGUCCACGCAUCUUCCAACUGCAGCUGCAAACGAACCUCGGGUCUUCCAUCAGGACUUCCACCCCAGCCCCAAAACAAACAAACAAAAAAACAAUAGAUCAUCCCUGCCACGACGGGAUCUAAGGCUUGCAAAAGAGGACAACGCGAAGCUACUUGUUGCCGCCAGCCAACAUGUCCGAAGUGCUGCCAUACAACGAGGGGAAAAUGAGCGGCUACGGGGCGGACAGCGAGGUCAGCCAAAUGUCCUUUAGCUGCGGACUGCAGGACACAAGCGCCUUUUUCGCCGGCUCGCAGGGCAAGAGACCCCCGAAGCUCGGCCAGAUCGGCAGAGCCAAGCGAGUGGUGAUCGAAGACGACCGAAUAGACGAGGUCCUCAAGGGGAUGACAGACAAGUCGUCACCCGGCGUUUAAAGAACCCACCCUCCCCACCCAUUGAGCGAUGCCUUGCAGAUUCUUUUCAUUUUGAUCACCCGAUUUGAAGCACUUGUCGGCUGUGCAUGUUCGAGGAUUGCAGAUGGAGAAGAAGAAGAACGACGGCGACACAACGCAUUGAGGAUGACGACGAUAGGGAUGAAACGCCGCGGAGGAAAAAGCGAGCUCAAGAGGAGGAUGGAAGAGGAAGAGAGGAAAGAUUCGUCGUGGGAUAUUGCUGGCAAUCCUCCCAAACCGAGUAUCGCUUUUUGUUUUCUUUUUCGAGAAGAAGAAAAAUCCCCCCCGCCUCCCCUACCCCCACCAACACCGCCGCCCCUCCCCCCGGCAGAUACCGAGACGUCUGCUGCGGGGUCUCGACAGGCGCUGACUUUUAUUUUGAAAGGUGAUGGAUGAACUUGUCAUUAAAACAAACACCACCACCACCCGUCGCUAUGUCCUUGCCAACCCCCCCACCCCCCCGCCCCCCACCCACUCCCCGCGCCAGACGCAAGCAAAAACAAGCGUCGGAAUGAAACUCGACGUUGUACAGUAGGCUCAGCUUGCAGAUCGAUUAGCACCGCCCCCCCCGCCGCCCCCACCCCUCACACUUCCUUGUCGAUGGUGCAUUCAGGGGAGCUGUCCUUUCAGCACCGCUCCAAUGCAUUCCUGUUGCUGCUCUAACUGCUUUGGUAGCCCCGCACCUCCUCCCCACUUUUAUUUUUCCCCAACAGACCAACAAAACUUUCAAGUCUCCUUCUUAUUUAAAGGAGACCAGAUUGUAUGUAAAAAAAAAAAAAAACAUUUAUCCGAGGAUGGUGCAAUUUUUUCUGGAGUGGAACGCCAAUUGUUUUUUUUGGGGGGCGGCGGGUUUUCUUUGUGGCUUUAGCCCCCCCAGUGGUUAAAGUGGCAGGUUCAUGUAGCUGCACCUGCGCAUAUCUUUGACGAAAAUAUAAACGCAACACUUGUUGAGGAAGUUGUUUUUUUUUUCUUUUUUAUGCGCUCAAUCGAAAGAUGUAAGACUUAUUCUAUGAACGCCAAAAAAAAAAAAAAAAAAAGGCUGAUCGCUCUCAAAAAUUGUUCGCAAAGAUGUUUAAAUUUAGUGAGCACUUCUCUUUUAAUCCGGUCAAGAUUCUAAUGAGAUGCAGAGUUUUAUUCAAUUGGAUUGGACGAUUUAGGCAAAAAAAAAAAAGAAGCGCUUGCUCACAGAUUUUGACCAUUUGAAAAAAACGCGCCUUUCGUAUGUGUAGAAAAAGUCUCGGAUGUUUCGGUUCGACUCCUGAAAAAUGGAAGCAAAAACGAAAUAUUGCAUUGCUAUUUUUUAUUUUUUUUCAGCAUAUUUAUGAUUGCUAAUUAUUUGCAUUUGAUUAUGGAACAAACACGAACCAAAUUGUAGGGAGAAUGAAGUCAAUAUCUAAAACGAUACGCAGAACACGUAUUCGUUCGUUACAGUGGUACCUCGAGGAACAAGUGCGGCGUUUUUUACAAAUGCUUCACGUUACAAAGCCAUCGCUCGGUCUCUCCCCAACGUCUCGCUUUGUCUCACGGCAAAGUGAUGAGAUGAUAUCAGCAUAAGUGAGGAACAAGGUCUAUUUUCAUAUCCACACACCAAGACAAAAGAUUAUCUGAGAUCAUCAUUUUUUUUUCCUUUUUCUAACGGACUGUUAAUGCCUCCGCAUGUGGGCAAGGAGAGCCACUUGAAGGAACUGGGCAGUCAAACACAGAAAUGCAAAAUGAGCUCCCAAGGACCGGAAAACCUGACGUCAGCUCACAAGGCCCCGCCCCUUAAAAGCACACUUCCAAUAAUACGACAGUACUUGGUGUAAAUGACACUUAACGUUCUCUUGUGUUAUUUUCGACAUUACGGCGCCCUAUUUUGUAUCAAUGGCAUUUUAAUUGCAUACAGUAGCUGAAAAUUAAUUUGAUAAAUGAAUAAUUUGAGUUACAGGCUUGCUCACUGAACGCAUUCUACUUGUAAGUCAAGGUGCCACUGUAACUUUGGAUAUUUUUUCAUUUUGCAAUUAAUGCUGUUUUACGUCAUGCAUGAAUUCUCACUCCGGUGCCAACGCAGGUGCCACCACGCUUAGCCCCGCCCCCGCAACCCCCACACCACCCCGGCACGCUUGUUUUUAAACAGAAAGGUCAUAUUUGUAUUUUUAUAUCUAAAUAUUUGUUAUUUAAAUGAUAUGCUCGUAUAUGGUCUUACAGUUCAUCAACAACAACAACAACAACAUAAAGUUUCUACUCGAGAGAGGACGCAGGGAACGAGACGCCGUUCAUUUUUGCUCGACAGCUCUUAUCGGAGCUCGGAGGUUUUUUUAAAGACUAACUGAAUGUGUCUGGGUUUUUGCACACAUCGAUGUUCAACUAUUAGUAAGAAAUUGUAUACUGUGACUUGAGCUACGUUGAUGAAUUUGUUAGAAAAUGGCAGUUUUAGAGUAUAUUGCACUGUUUACGAGUAGGAUCAAAUAACGUCGUUAUUUGACCCAUUUUGAACAUUUCCGUUUAUUUUGGUGUUUUUGUUCUUUUUUUUUUUAAAGUUGGUUUAUUUUGUACUAUCAUUUUGAAGAAACUGGAUAUGGUUUGUUGUGCAUGAAUCCUUCAUAUUUUCAAUAUCGGAAAAUCAUUUUAUGAAGCAAAAAAUUAAAAAAUAAAUCUACAAAAAUGUCAUGACAUUCUAAGAAUGAGUCAUUGUAUAUUAUGAUGCCAUUUUCACUGUAUUUGGUGAACUAAUAAAUGGUGAAAGAAUGAAA